GGUUAGCUUGCGUUGUCCUCACGCAUUGAUGACUGCGGACCUGGCUCAGGCUUUUGACUGACAGGCCUUUUCGUAACUUAAUUAGUUCCUGGAUAUAUUUUGUGCGGAGAUAUCUUUUGUUGUGAAGUUACAUAGUUUGGAGAAAAGGGACAGGUUUUUGGCAGCAAAGUCCAAAAAAAGAUUACUUGAAAGAAUGGGAGGAAGUGGACUUAGAUCGUACCUCUCCUAAGCGAAGAGAGCUCCUGUUUUCAGGUUUUGAAAAGGCAUUUUGCUAGGCUGUUUGAUUAAAAAAAAAAAAAAAAUGAAUAGAGUCAGACUCUGCUCAGACCUUACGUUAUGGUCCAUACAGAGUAUUAUCACUCUAGGAAAUGGUGAGGAGAUGCUGGUAUACGUGAGGAAGGAGGAGGCUUGACCUAUACUCAUCCUUAAAUGCUCGUUAGUGAUGUGUGGCCAUUCCAUACCAUUUAGUCAAGGCUCAAUCUGUCUUAACAGCUGUGUACAGGAAGGGUGUGGUUUGAUAAAGCAAACAGUCCAAGAGAGAAUAGAGGGCCUCAGAAUCAGUCUUUGGUGUGCACUCUUAGAUUCAGCAAAAUCCAAAAUUAAGCAAAAUAUAACAUGCUUUCUAUUUUUUAUUUUAUUUUUUGUAUGUAAUGGUGCCAGAUUGUCAUUGACUAUGCAAAGAAGUUCACAACAGUUUGGAGAAGUCAUUCAGGUUUAAGCUUUAGCCAUUAAAAUUUAAUAUAAAUCAUGUGUUCUCCCAUUUUUAACCGUUUCAGAUUCCUUUAAGCCAAUAGAAUACUAGACUCCCCCACCCUCUCUCUUUGCAAGUGAGCAAAAUCUAGAGAAGUUGGAGUAAGCUCCCUGUAGCAGAGAGGAGGUCCUGAAAAUGACCUGCUUAGAAUACUAGUUUCUCUUAAGGAAGGACGCUUGGAUCUCCAGUUCAGCUUUAGAAUGGCAUCGGUCUCAGCUCUAACAGAGGAACUGGAAUCUGUAACCAAUGAGCUCCAUGCAAUUGACAUCCAGAUUCAAGAACUUACAGAGAGGCAGCAAGAGCUCCUUCAGAAAAAGUCAGUCCUGACAAAGAAGAUCAAGCAGUGCUUAGAGGAGGACUCUGACGCCGAGGCGAAUAGCGACCGUGACUCCUCACCAGCUGCGUGGAGCAAAGAAGAUUUCCUGUGGUCUGGAAAGGUUAAAGAUGUACUGCGAAAUGUUUUUAAACUGCAGAAGUUCAGACCCCUGCAGCUCGAAACCGUCAAUGUCACCAUGGCUAGAAAGGACAUCUUUCUCGUCAUGCCCACAGGAGGUGGGAAGAGCUUGUGCUACCAGCUGCCAGCACUGUGCUCAGAUGGUUUUACACUUGUGAUUUGCCCACUCAUCUCUCUUAUGGAAGAUCAACUGAUGGUUUUAAAACAGUUGGGAAUUUCAGCUACUAUGUUGAAUGCUUCUAGCUCUAAGGAGCAUGUGAAAUGGGUUCAUGCUGAAAUGGUGAAUAAAAACUCCCAGUUAAAGCUGAUUUAUGUGACUCCAGAAAAAAUUGCAAAAAGCAAGAUGUUCAUGUCAAGGCUAGAGAAAGCCUAUGAAGCUGGGAGACUGACUCGAAUUGCAGUGGAUGAAGUGCAUUGUUGCAGUCAGUGGGGACAUGAUUUCAGGCCUGAUUAUAAGGCACUCGGCAUCUUGAAGCGCCAGUUUCCCAACACCUCGCUGAUUGGGCUGACUGCAACGGCAACUAAUCAUGUUUUGAAGGAUGCACAGAAAAUCCUGUGUGUGGAAAAAUGUUUGACUUUUACAGCAUCUUUCAACCGACCAAAUCUUUAUUAUGAGGUUCGGCAAAAGCCCUCAAACACUGAAGACUUUAUUGAGGACAUUGUAAAGCUCAUUAAUGGACGGUACAAAGGGCAAUCAGGAAUCAUAUACUGUUUUUCUCAGAAAGACUCUGAACAAGUUACCAUUAGUUUACAAAAACUGGGAAUUCAUGCAGGCACUUACCAUGCCAAUAUGGAACCAGAAGAUAAGACCAAGGUUCAUACACGGUGGUCAGCCAAUGAGCUUCAGGUGGUAGUGGCUACAGUUGCAUUUGGCAUGGGAAUUGAUAAACCAGAUGUGAGGUUUGUAAUCCAUCAUUCAAUGAGCAAAUCCAUGGAGAAUUACUACCAAGAGAGUGGGCGUGCCGGUCGCGAUGACUCAAGAGCAGAUUGUAUUCUGUAUUACGGCUUUGGAGACAUAUUCAGGAUCAGCUCGAUGGUGGUCAUGGAGAAUGUAGGACAGCAGAAGCUGUAUGAGAUGGUGUCAUACUGCCAGAAUAUAAGCAAGUGUCGUCGUGUGCUGAUAGCACAGCAUUUCGAUGAAGUGUGGAAUGCAGAUGCCUGUAACAAAAUGUGUGACAACUGCUGUAAACACACUUUGUUUGAGAAAAAGAAUAUAACAGAGCACUGCAGAGACCUGGUCAAGAUUCUGAAGCAGGCAGAGGCACUGAAUGAAAAACUCACUCCACUGAAGCUGAUUGAUUCUUGGAUGGGAAAAGGAGCAGCCAAGUUGAGAGUGGCUGGCGUUGUCACCCCGGCCCUUCCCCGAGAAGACCUGGAGAAAAUCAUCGCACAUGCUCUCCUGCAGCAGUAUCUCAAAGAAGACUACAGUUUCACAGCUUAUGCUACCAUCUCAUAUCUGAAAGUUGGACCCAGAGCUAGUCUUCUCAGCAGCGAAGCCCAUGCUGUCACUAUGCAAAUGAAGAAGUCCACACAGAGUGGCAUCAGGGCUUCAUCAUCUGAAGCUUGUCAGUUGGAACAUGCAGAUGAGAAAGAGGAAGAAAAAAGUUCAGGUAACUUCCAGAAGUCUACAAACAGGCUUCAGCUAUCUGGCUCCAAGAACACAGGAGCUAAGAAAAGAAAACUUGAUGAUGCCUGAGUGUUACCUGAUCUUGGACAAAAUAACUGUUUAUGUAUAUUUAUCAUUUUUAUAGUUAAUCAACUGUUUAAUUUUUGAAACAAUUUUGUAUUUUAUACAUAUAAAGCUAUAUUUUCAGAGCUUAUCUGAAGAUAUGAGAAUUCAGGACCAUUUGAAAAUUUGAGAUCAGGAAUUAUAUUUUACAGUGUACAAUAAUAAUGAAAAAUAACAUCUUUUAUGCAAAGUUGUCUAAGUGUAAUAUAUCUGAGAUGAAGUCCCUGCAACUGUCAUAACCUCAUUUGCCUUGCUGUGACUAGCUGUUGUUUUUAGAUGUGACUCUCCUUUAAAGCAGUCCUAUGCUGAUACGGUGCACCCCUCCAAGUUGGUGUCGAUUUAAGCUGGGUAAUGUAGAUGAUUUCUGAUCAGAAAAGCUGAUGUUAUAAUUCAGAUAAAAACAGUAAGUCAUCAGUACCAAGUGUAUCAGCAAGAAGAUUCUAUACAUUCUGAGUACAUCAAGACAGUAAGCCUCCUGAAACCCUGGCCUUACUUUGAUGUUUAGGCAAAGAAAGGAUCUGGUAUUCGAGUGUAUUUGUGUGAGUCAGGUUUAUUUCAACUCUGUAUGGAUUGUUCAUGUGCUAAUUAGUCAUUAAACUGAGUUCAUCUUAA